AUGAUUAUCCUCAGUCGUGUGAUACUGCUGGGCACGGUGCUACUGCUCCUGCCCAGUGGCCACGUUGCCUACGUCGAAAACAGCAACAACGCCGUGGUCCUCGAGUCUGACCCGCUGCUGAGCAAUGCCCAGCCGAGCAGCUGUGAGUUGAUCACCAUUCCGCUGUGCGAAGGCAUCCAGUAUAACACCACCAUCAUGCCGAAUCUGCUUGGCCACGCAAAGCAGGAGCAGGCCGGUCUGGAGCUGCACCAGUACAUGCCCCUCGUUAAGAUUCAGUGCAGUCCUGAUUUGCAGAUCUUCCUCUGCUCCAUCUUUGUGCCCGUCUGCAACAUCCUCGAGAAGCCCAUACCGCCUUGUCGGGCACUCUGCCUGUCGGCGCGCAAAGGUUGCGAAGGACUGAUGAACAAGUUUGGCUUCACCUGGCCCGACAACCUCGACUGCAAUCACUUUCCAAUCGGCGCUAAGGGGGACAUCUGUGUGGGAGACAACACUGCCGAGAAGAACACCGAAUCGCUCUCCAAUUCAGACGGACCGGGCA